AUGAUGAUGGAAUACUCAAAUUAUUCAACUUCAACAUACCCAAACGGACGAUGUCCAAGUUGUGGUCGACCGAAUUCCGAGGAUGAAUGGUGUCAACCAUGCUAUCAAGAACGAUUCCAAAAAGAGUUUAGCUCAUGGACUAGUGGCCAUCCAUUGAUCGAUAACUUUAUACGAGAGACGCAAAUGAAUGCUGUGAAGCCACUUGGAUUCUUGCAAUAUAUUCCGUUUGAGAAAUUUGCGGAUAUAAGAUCGAUCGGUGAAGGAGGAUUCGCCAGAGUAUAUUCUGCGAGAUGUAUUGAUGGAGAAAAAAUAAAAUGGGAACCGCUUUGGGAUAAAUGGAGUAUCUGGGAUGAGAGUCUGGUCGCGUUGAAGUUAUAUCGAAAUUCAGAACGAAUUUGUGACGAAUUCUUAAGAGAGACUCGCGGAUAUCAAUCUUCGCCGGUUUCUCCGACAAAAGGUUUGAGACCCGAGAUACAUGCAUCAGUUCCUCAGAAAAUGGCGGAUCUUCUAAAACUUUGUUGGCAUCAAGAUCCAAAGAAACGACCUGCCGCUGAACAAUGCAAAUCGUUAUUCGAGCGUUGGACUGACCAUAAAAUACCAGUAUUCAAGUUGGCCAAUGGAGAUACCUAUUCACAAAAGCAUCCACAAGCCAUAUAUACAAGUCGACAUUUUCAUUUUGAAAAUCUUUUUGAAUCUGAAAAUAAUCCUAAUUUGAGAAUCACAAAUAAACAGAGCUUAAGUGGAAACCUGGGGAAUGGAAAUGUAAUUGAACAUUCUUUGCAACUUUCUUUUUCCGGAGACAGUUCAAUUGAUGCAGCGGCAGAUUUAGAGGCUUAUGCACCCGAUGUAAACACGAUUAAUGAAGAAGAGGUUGGAAAUGUCAAAAAAUCCGAGGAUUGCAAGCCAGCGGCCAAAGAAACCACGACCGACACUACUUUUCAAAGUUAUGAUUUAGGUAAAUGUCCUGGUUGCGCUACCACAUAUAAAGAAGAACGAUGGUGUCGAUUAUGUACACAAAAAAAUCUUGAGAUUGAAUUCGAGCAAUGGACGAGUGGAAACCCAUUGAUUGAUGAAUAUAUACAAAAUGCUCAAAUGUCUGCAACUAGUGCCAACCAAUUGAUUGAAUGGAUACCAUUCGAAAAGUUUAGUAAAUUAGUUACAAUUGGUCACGGAUUUACUGGUGCUGUGUAUUCCGCCCAGUAUUUAGAAGGAUUCAAGGUCGGAUGGAACGCGAUUGGGAAUACAUGGGACAAGUUAAUCGAACCAGAUGGAAAAUUUGUUUUAAAAACUGUACCAAAUUCCAUUUAUAUAACAGAAGAUUGGCUAAAAGAGGUGAUCAGUGGAGUUACAAGCAAUAUACCGGAAAUGAUAAAUUAUUAUGGGAUCACACGAAAUCCCGACAAUGGAAAUUUAAUGGUUGUAAUGAAAUAUGCACAAGAUGGAAAUCUGCGUGAUUAUUUACGUAAAAAUUCUGAAGAGAUGAAUUGGGAAGAUAAAUUUGAUACGCUUCAGUGCAUAGCAAAUGGUCUUGCUAGAAUGCAUACUAUGGGAUUUAUUCAUCGUGAUUUACACACAGGAAAUAUUCUUCGUUCGAAAUUAAGUACAUUCAUCGCAGAUUUAGGCUUGCAUUAUUCUUUCGAACAGAAUAUUUGCGGACAUCGACCUCAUAAUAUUGAUGACAGUCCGGAGAAAUUCACAGAAUUAAUGCAACGAUGUUGGCAUAAUGAUCCCUCGCAGCGACCAACAGCUGUGCAAUGUUAUGAUUUAUUAAAAGAUAUUGCUGAAGAACAAUGGAAAACAUCAAGAAAUCCUUCGGUCGUUUCAUUACCAGGUAGAUUGAGUAUCGCAUCUGGUCCAAUGACACCCACUGAAAAUAGUUCCUUUUUAUUAAGUCAUUCCGCGAAUUUGAGUCUUUCACUGCCAUCUGUUCAUACAAAAAUUCGACCAUAUUCUCAAUAUCAACAUAUGGCAGCUAUUUACGAGAGUAGAUUAUUAUAUUUUCCGGAUGUAAUUGAACAUUUUAAGAAAGAGGAGGGAAAGGAAAAAUUUGAAUAUUCGACUACCCAACUAGAUGGAAAAAGACUUUCAUAUCCUUCUAUAAGACCGAAAUCAGCACAACGUCAAUUUGAAAUAACUCCAUAUAAACCUCCUACGCCUAAAUUAUUCGACACCUCGUCAACAACCAAACCUGAAAUCAAUCCAUUCUCUUCGCAGCAAGAUCUCGUUCAGCAACAGCAACAUGCUACCCAAAUUCUUAGACAACACAAAUUCACUACAUUCUCUAACACAAGUUUCCCUGAUAGCGAAACGACAAAAUACUCCCGCAAUACCGAUAGUCCCGAUAUACCAUCGAUAAAUUCAUCGGAAUUAGAUGUCGGAGCCACUAAAAUUGAUCCGACUGAAUCCACAACAAAGAAAUAUCAUAUGCGUCGGAUCUCGAAUGCUAAAAUGGAAGGAUUAGACUCACCUUGGGGCACGACAAGACAUAGAAGUAAUAGUGAUAGUAUUGCUAUCGACUAUUUUACGUUAACAAGAUUGCAUGGUUCUACCGACUUAUCAGAAAAUGGCAAGUAUAAUCUUUUUGAAGAUUCGCAAACUUCCCUAUCGCAUAACCAAAUCCGUGCGUUCUUUUCAAAUGCGUUAAAAAUACGGCCAUCACCAAGUGUUGCUGAAAGUGUAAAUGAGGACCAAAUUAAAGAAUCUGAUUAUAAAAAACGACCAAAAGAGCGUAGAUAUUCUUCUUUAAGUAGCUUGUCAGGUGAAGAAUUAGAUAUAAAAAGAAAACGUGAAAUGGAAAUGGGUCCAUUCACAUCAAAUCUCGCUGAAACUAUGGAAGAAGAUGAAGUAUUGCAAGAACGUCGAAGGCAAUUAUUCGGCAAUUGCAGCACAUGUGAUUACCCCAAUACCGAUUUUGAAUUUUGCCAAGAUUGCCGAAUAUUGGAUGAUAUUUUACUAUUCUACGGGACGGAUAAUGACGAUGAACAUGAAAAAGAAGCAAUUUAA